AAAUAUGCGUCAGUUAAAAACAUAGGCCAAUAUUUAGUUUUUGGCUGUAGUGUGCAAUCAGUUUACACUAUAACGAGGUAUCAAAUUUCAUGUUUAACUUCUUUUUUAUUCUUUUCUUCUAAUUUUCAUUUGUUUGCUCAAGACUACAUUAGCUCGUUUCUGAAACCCAUCUAUUGCAAAGAUUCUGCAGGGGAUUGACAAGAAAUUUCGCCACCCGUUCAUAUUCAUCUCUUCACACUUUUCAUAUGACCGUAUAAAACCAAUUUGAACCAGGCGGAGUGUUUCAGCUAAAUUAUUUAUCAAGGUUGAGCUAUCUGAAUGAUCAUGGACACGAGGUGUAAAGACAAACCUGAACGGAUGUUUGUAUCGACAUGUGAAAUCCAACUCAAAAUGCCAGCUAAUCAAGCAACUCUAGGCCGACUGGAAGCCGUGUUGGCUCGUUUGGAAGUCGUAGCGGCUAAACUGGGCGUCGAGGGAUCUUUCAAGAAGGGUAGCUCCCAAAGCGCGUCAGAUAUCAAGGCCUUGGUCGAGCGCCUAGAAGCUGCCGCGGACAAACUCGAACAACAAUCUGCUUCAGGCGGUGAAGGAUCAGGGAAGAUCGUUGAAUACUAUGACGAGUUUCUGAAAGGAAAGCUCCAAUCCUUUUUCAAGUUAUCGGAUGAAUUGGGAGGCGAUGUGAAAACCCAGGCUGAUUUGGUAAAGAAAGCCUUUCAAGCACUGAGAGUAUUUCUCGUGAAAGCUUCAAAUACAAAAUUACCGUCUAAAAAUGAGCUAGUAUCAAUGAUACAACCCAUUGCUCAGCUGAGAGAAGAAAUAGAGGUAGUAAGCGUUUAUUACUUGUAACUGUCUGUUGGCCAGAUGGGGUAGUUUAAAUCUUCCACUUUUUAUCAGUUCUCGUACCCAGACGCCUUCACGCUCGGUCAAGGUCUGUGAAAACUUGAUGCCAGCGACCAACCGCUGAUCAUUAACGAGCAGAAGACUCUAAGGGUGACAUUGAAGUGGUUUAAAGAAGUAGUUUUGCUAUUAAAUUAGCUGAAUCGUCCUCAUUUCUUUCGGGCACGAAAUGAAAAUUGAGUUGUACUAAUGUAGUCCC